GAUAUUAAUGUAUUUUUCUAUAAACUUGCCUAAACCUUUAAUUAAUUUGGAACAGAGGGAAACGCAUGCAAGCGCUAUUCUGGAUUUAGUGCCGUUUAGAAGGCAAUAUACACUAAUACAACUCCUUCUCCUAUAACCAUUUUACUCUUUGUCCAUAGCUGCUGCCCUUUACCUUCUCCACAUCACGUGUCACUUCUGCCAUUGAUCCCUCUACCCUUCAUAAAGAUGCAGUUGUUUACUGCUGCCUGCCCUUUUCUUUUUCCACAUCAUGCAUGUGCCACUUUUUCCACGUAUCCCUCCACCCUUCCAUAAAGAUGCAUUUGUUAACUGCGGCCAGUAAAAGGCCUCUUUCAAACGGAGUAAUUUCUAGGGAAAUAUAUAGUCCGAAUUGACUCACUGAGCAUUAGUCACAAAGUACUAUUUUCUUGUAGAGAAUGUCCUGAACGCAUCUGAGUCACAAAGUUGGACAUAUUGAAACCGUUUUUUUCCUUUAGAAAUAUACAUAUGCUUUAGUUUCCCACGCAGCGCACAUUCCACGCCAUCUUGUUGUCAUACCCAUGCAUGUUGUGCAUGGCCAGGUCCCAGGGCUGCCUGGCUGAUCGUAUGGUGAGCAUGUCGUCGCGCACUGGGAGCGCCGAGGGGACGUUAAAGAUUCCCGUCACAAUAUUUUAAAUCUUUUAUCUGAGGUAAAUGAUGGUUGAAGUAUGACCUUUUUUAUGUUGUUAAAUAUACACGAGAAGUUAUCAUGUAAUUCUUGACACCUUGACUGGGAAGUGAAGCACUUCGAAGUUCCUACCUCCUUUUCCGUAGUAAGAUGAACCCUGAAAUGAGUAAUACUGCACAUGUCUUUUCAUUUGUGCCGCGACAAUGUUUAAGUGUUGGAUGCUUCAAAUCUAUGCCAAUUUGCUGUUGGGUAGAUGCAUCAUGCAUUCAUACAAGCACCUUGGAACUGAUAAAAUACCCAGUUUGUUGCAAUUAUUGUGUCUUGCACAGUGUAAUAUUUUGUUGUUGCGAAGUACUGUAAGAUGUAACCAAUUAACUUGUUAGACCUAAAAAUUGUUGCUGCCAUUUUUUAACCUUGAUUAAAGCAAGCGACUAGUGUGGCCUCCACAUAGUGAAACAUACGUAAGAUAAUAUUUCCUUAAGUGGAUACCUAUGAGUCCUAUCUGAACAAACCUGAUGACAGCAAAGGUUUGAUGAGGUGUCCUGACAGUGUAGGUUGGAUGACGUGUCCCGAUGGACAAGUAGUAGUAUUUAAGCAAUCAUCUUUGAAGUUCUAACAAACGAGAGUAUGGGAAAGACAUCACCUUAUGCUGUUUCAUUUCUCGUAAGGUUUAUCUAUGGGGUUAUGCAGAUACUCACCAAAGUUGCUUUUAACCAAGGUACAAGUACAUAUGUUCUUGUUUUCUACAGGCAUGUAAUAGCUACAAUGUUGUUACUGCCCAUUGCUUUUGCAACUGAAAGGAAAACCGCCCCACAACUGUCACACAAAGUCUGUCUGAAGCUAUUUGUGCAUGCAUUAUAUGGGGUGUCUGCUUCUCUAAACAUAUCAUUUGUUGGCCUCAAUUAUGCUUCAGCAACUUCUGCUACUGCAGUACAAAAUCUCCAACCAGUGUUAACUUUCUUUUUGGCUCUUCUAUUGGGAAUGGAGUCCUUGAAACUGAAGAGCUUCCAUGGGAUUGUGAAAGUUUCUGGUAUAGUGCUUUGUGCCGCUGGUGUUGUCGUACUAGCGCUAUACCAUGGACCUCAGCUCAAAUCCAUCAUCCAACACCCUCUUUUUCACCACACAAGUCGAGUUGAUAUUCAUGCCUCAAGGAGCUGGCUAUUGGGAAUUCUCCUGCAGUCUCUCGCGACUGUACUGUUUGCUCUUUGGACAGUGUUUCAGGGCCCUUUGCUGGAGGAGUACCCUUCCAUGCUGCUUAACAUGACCCUUCAGAUUGUCUUUGCGACCGUUCAAUCUUUUUUCAUGGCUCUUGUGAUGGAGAGAGAUUUUUCAAGAUGGAAGCUGAGCCUGGAUGUAGGUCUUGUCGCGAUCGUCUAUUCUGGCGUGGUUGUUUCCGCAUUUUCAAAUUACCUGCUGGUCUGGGUAAUUGACAAGUGCGGCCCGGUGUUCCUGGCCAUGACAGUGCCCCUAACUUUUGUUAUCACCAUCGUUCUGUCACUUCUCAUAGGAGAAGCAGUCACCCUUGGAAGUGUAAUAAGUGGCGCGCUGAUGGUUGGUGGCCUGUACAAUGUUCUAUGGGGGAAGAGGAUAGAGCAAGUAGCUCUCAGCAAGCAAGGAGGCAUCGAAGCAAAUGCAGCAAGCUUGGAUUUGGAGGAACAAGAAAGCGGCACACCAGUUCCAUUAACGCGAGAUUCGAUCAAGGGGUGCGAAAGAGAAGAUUGAUAUCUGGCAAGCUUUAAAACUCUGAGCAGCAGGCUUUGUUAUUAGGCGGCUGCCUCAAGCGAUCCCCAUUAGGCAGCUGUAGGAUCGUUUGACUCGGAGAUUGUGGGGAGUGGUAGAGCAAUGGGUUCUCUUCCUAUCUUGUUCAAGUGCAUACAUAGGCAGAGAUACAUGAACUCAAACUAAUAUCCACUUCAUAGUCAAAACUCAGAUAAUUAAGUUCUAGCUUAAGUUUCAUGGGUGGGUUAAAUUUGUACUACUCCCUCCGUUCACUUUUGCAAGACCUUUUAGACAUUUAAGACAGCACCUAAAACAGUUCAAUUUCAACUGUCCUAAACGACUUACAAAAGUGAACAGAGGGAGUAGCAUAUCGCUUUAACGGAUCUUAGUGGAAUAUCGCUCUGCAUCCUUAUCUGUAAUCACGACAAUCCAUGCUUCCACUGUGAGCAACUGUAAUCCUUUUCUUUAUUAGUGCUAAAUUUCAGAUGUUCUAGAUUCUGACUUUCUGCCAUCUUGCACAAGUUUACACAUCCAACGAAACACGAAAAAAAGGCAACUGUAAUCCUUUUCUUACCUAAUACCCUUGUUUAAGGAUUUUUAAACCCCACCAUAAUUGCCAUUGAUUGACUGUUGGAGAAGAGUCAUCCCAUGGAACUGAAGUUGCCAUUUAUCUCUGAAACCAGAACAAUAUAGUUUACUAUCUGAAUAGCUACUACCAUAAUUUCACAAGGCAUUGGACCUUUUCACAUAUGUCGCUGAUCCUUUCUUCUUUAAUUUUUGUCUUUACUAUUCUCAACUUACUUCAGAAAUGAGUGUAAAUUAUGCUCUGCAUAUACUUCGCUUGCCCACAUAGUAUAUUUUUAGUUUUAUGCUAUCAUACAACCCGCACUCAGUUAGGACUCCAUAUAAACAUGAAACAAAAAUGAUGAAAUAUUUACUGCCAUCAAUUGCCUCAAUGAAACACCAAAGCAACAGUCAUGUUGUAUAGAAGGUAUACAUGAAAAAAGUCAUACCUUAAGAGUCAGUCCUCAGCCUGUCGGGAGUUAUCUACCAGACCCAUAGUGUAGUUAGUUGGCAAACUAACACGGCAGGGCAGAUGGAGAUACUCAUGAUUUAAAGGGGCUCUUUGCUGCAGUCUCGAAAAACAAUGUCAAACCAGGAAGGACACCAACAAAAAUGUAAGUAACAUGAGGUUUCUGACAGAUAGUUGUAAGAUGGGUCCCUGGAAAUGCAAAGUAACAUGAAGCACUUAUAAAUAGAUGCAUAAGUAUGACAUAAUAGAUUCUAUUGUUUUCAAUAGUAAAUUUUCGGACUGAGAUAGUACUCAACAAAAAAAGAAUUGGAUUCAACAUUUGGCAUUCCUGGCUUGCUCAAAGGGCCCAGACCAAUACUGUUUGAUAAUAAAAUUCAACAGAAACUAUUUUGUGAAGCAAAAAAAAUAGAUGUGUGGGCAAUAAAAAAUAGUACCAUGAGGUUACCAUUCUCAAGAAGGUGUUCCAUAGCUGAAAGCUCCUUAAUAAAUCAAAAGAGAAAUGUGAGAUGGAACUGUUAGACCCAGUAUAGAAGUUGACACAUUCUGUAAGAUCAAUUAUUGGAUAUACUCAAUUAAUGGCAUAUAGCAUUUUCAUGUCAGAAAAUUAUACAGUGGAAGGGGUCACCCCCUCCAUUACAUUGUGUAUAAUAUAGAUUUCCUCCUAGAACGUAAAUAAUAUGAAAUGUCUCUUGACAUCCUGUUAUAAAAUGGUAAGACUAACUGAAGCUCAGUUUAGGCAACAAUUGAGUCGCCUGCUAUCAUAACAGAACACUCAUAAGGAUAUAAGGUGCAUUUUGUUGCUCUCUUCGAGGUACAUUGAGUUAGAUCAAGAUUUACUGUAGUAUCCAUAAGUAAAAGUGCACUAAAUUUUUUGCACAUGAAAAAAAGGAAGAAAAUAUUUGCAAGUUUAAGAUAUGAAAGAGAAUGAAAUCUGGGGAAAAAUCAUCUGAGUGAAAUUGAUAAAGUUACCAAACUAUAUUGAAUAGAAACGUAAACUUUUAAAAGGCACACCGUUAAUGUAGUUCUUAUAUUUUAAUAUGCCUGCAAGUUCCUAUAGAGCUAUAAUCUGCCGUCUUGAUAGCACAUAGGAACACCUCUAGAAGAAUAUUGUCAGGCAGCAAGUC